GUAGAUGUAGAAAUUUAUAAUUAUUCUACCAAAUAAGUAAAAAAUUUAAUCUUAACGGACCUCAAUAUGUUUCAAAUUCAUAGCAUGCACCUUUGCUACUAUGGGCCAACAACAUAAGUUUCUCCUCUCUCUUUCCUUCUUUUUCCUAUAUGUCUCUCUAUUUUAAUUUCUAACUGUGUAGAGUGUGAGGGUCAUUUGUCACAUUUCCCGGUUGGGUUUGAGCGUGAAAGACACAGAAACUAAUAGUUGAUAAAAAUGUGGAUGGUGGGUUACAAUGAUGGCGGUGACUUCAACAUGCUUGACUCUUUCAAUGGCCACAAAUUCAGACCUCUUGUUCCGAGACCAGUCUCUUCAACUACUAACAACUCUUCUACUCUCUCCCGUAUCCAUGGCGCUGAAAUCUUUGCUUUGAAUCAUCAUCAUCUUGGUUCGCAUUUUGGUGAUCAAAACAAGCUGAGGGAGUUCAACACGCCACCGGCGGUGGUGGUGAGCUCGAGGUGGAACCCAACUCCCGAGCAGUUAAGAAUGCUUGAAGAAUUGUAUCGGCGAGGAACGCGAACGCCUUCGGCCGACCAAAUUCAGCACAUCACAGCACAGCUUCGUCGGUAUGGGAAGAUUGAAGGCAAGAACGUUUUUUAUUGGUUUCAGAAUCAUAAGGCAAGAGAACGCCAAAAACGGAGACGUCAGAUGGAAUCAUCAGACCCUGAUAAUGAAAACGAUAAUAAUCAUCAUCUCCAUCAUGAUAAAGAAAUCAUUGAACAGAAAGACACAGGAGGAACAAGAUCAUAUGAAGCUAUUGAACAGACCAAGAACAACUGGCCACCUUCCUGUGUAAACUACAGUACACCGGCAGAGGAGGCCGUUUCAGUACAAAGAGCUGCAAAAGCAGCAGCAAUGGCAGAAUGUAAAGCAGGAGGAGGAUCACGUGGAUGGAUUCAAUUGGAAGAAGAGGAAUUACAGCAAAGAAGAAGCUUUGUAGAGAGGAAUUCCACGUGGCAGAUGAUGCAGUUAUCUUGUCCUUGUCCUGCUCCUUCUCCAACCCACCAUCUCAUUAACACUACUUCAACUACUAAAACUUGUUGGGACCUCAACAUUCUUGUGGCUCCAAGCUGCAGAGAAAACGGCCAUGCCUUUAAACACUCAAACGCUGUCACAGGGGAAGAAGAAGAUGGUUGUGCAGAGUCACAAACACUUGAAUUGUUUCCUCUUCGAAGUGGAGACGACAGUGAAAACAGAUUAGAAAAGGGAACGGAUGUGUCGGCUGCUGAUAUUGAUGCCAACUUGACUCCUUACCAGUUCUAUGAAUUUCUGCCAUUGAAGAAUUAAUCAACCAAGGCAAUGGAAUUAAAAGUAGCACUUUAAAAUUGGAAUUAAUUUAUAGGGCUGAAAAUUAAGCUGUAGUGGGGUGAGGUCCCUGACUUUGCUACGUGUGUAAGACUAUGAAAUAUAUUUUUAGAUUUUUUUUUUUUUUUGGUGUGUGUUUGGGCUGAACUUGAGACAGUUUUUAUGGCUUCUUUUCUGAUGCAUGGAAUUACUGCAUAAAAAGCAUUUGGACCA